CACGUGGGAGGGAAGCCCGGACCCUGUGUGCUGGGGAGGAAUCCUGCAUCGGCCGGGGUCUUGGGGCUGCUGCUUUGUCUCUUCGUCCAGAGCCUUAUGUAAGAGCUUUUCUCGGGAAACAGGAAGUCCUGCUUGCCAAGUUCAGCACAGGGAGUAGUGCAGGCCUUAUUCCAACACACCCGGCCCAGCCUUAACCCCAGAACUCAGCCAGUUUCUUGCUUCCGUGCCCCUGGUUCUCCUCCCCACUGAGCUCACCCCUCCUUUCCCGCUUUCAGUCACCCCUAGUAAACUGCCCCAACAAUCUCUCCUGUGCCUGAGCCGGAGGGUCUUCCACCCUCACCACCACCCUGAACACUGCCCAGCUUGGCCCCCCAUCCUGCUCCUGGCACCAUGCCCUCUAGCCAGACAACCUUCCCUCCCCCAACCCUAGGGCCGCCCCAGGGUUCCUGCGCACUGGCCGCUCCUCCUGGAUGUCACUGGCAGCCCUGUCCUUCCUAGAGGGACUGGAACCUAAUUCUCCUGAGGCUGAGGGAGGGUGGAGGGUCUCAAGGCAAUACUGGCCCCACGACAGAGUGCCAGGAGCACUGACAGUACCCUUAGCUUGCUUUCCUCCUCCCUCCUUUUUAUUCUCAAGUUCCUUUUUAUUUCUCCUUGCGUAACAACCUUCUUCCCUUCUGUACCACUGCCCGUACCCCUACCCGCCCUGCCACCUCCUUGCUACCCCACUCUUGAAGCCACAGCUGUUGGCAGGGUCCCCAGCUCAUGUCAGCCUCAUCUCCUUUCUUGCUAGCCCCCAAAGGGCCUCCAGGCAACAUGGGGGGCCCGGUCAGAGAGCCGGCACUCUCAGUUGCCCUCUGGUUGAGUUGGGGGGCAGCUCUGGGGGCUGUGGCUUGUGCCAUGGCUCUGCUGACCCAACAAACAGAGCUGCAAAGCCUAAGGAGAGAGCUGAGCCAGCUGCAGAGGACAGGAGGGCCCUCCCAGAAGAGGGAAGGGUAUCCCUGGCAAAGUCUCCCGGAGCAGAGCUCCGAUGCCCUCGAAGCCUGGGAGAAUGGGAAGAGAUCCCGGAAAAGGAGAGCAGUGCUCACCCAAAAACAUAAGAAGCCGCGCUCCAUCCUGCACCUGGUUCCCAUUAACGUCACCUCCAAGGAUGACUCCGAUGUGACAGAGGUGAUGUGGCAACCGGCUCUAAGGCGUGGGAGAGGCCUACAGGCCCAAGGAUAUGGUGUCCGGAUCCGGGAUGCUGGAGUUUAUCUGCUGUAUAGCCAGGUCCUGUUUCAAGAUGUGACUUUCACUAUGGGUCAGGUGAUAUCUCGAGAAGGCCAAGGAAGGCAGGAGACUCUAUUCCGAUGUGUAAGAAGUAUGCCCUCUCACCCAGACUGGGCCUACAACAGCUGCUACAGCGCAGGUGUCUUCCAUUUACACCAAGGGGAUAUUCUGAGUGUCAUAAUUCCCCGGGCAAGGGCGAAACUUAACCUCUCUCCACAUGGAACCUUCCUGGGACUUUGAUUUUAUGGAUAUCUUGCUUCUGUCCCCCAUGGAGCUCCGAAUUCUUGCGUGUGUGUAGGUGAGGGGCGGGGGACGGGCGCCAGGCAUUGUCCAGACCUGCUCGGAGCCCACUGGAAGCAUCCAGAACAGCACCACCAUCUAGCGGCCGCUCGAGGGAAGCACCGCCUGUUGGCUCAAGUCCACGAAGCCGCCCUCUUGCUAGGGAAAACCCCUGGUUUUCCAUGCCACACCUCUCUCCAGGUGCCCUCUGCUUCCUCACCCCAUAAGAAGUCUUAUCCUACGUCCUUCUCUCUGUCUAUCGGGCCCCAGUUUCCAUCACUAUCUCCAGAAAUGUAUCUAUUAUGCGCCCGUCUACAGGGCGUGCCCGACGACGACGGUGCCUUCGUAGUCACAUUACUCUUCGGGUCCCAAGUUAAGGCUUUCAUGCGCUCCACUGCCCCGGCGUGGCAGGCCACUCCAAGUCCCUCCGGACUGGAACUGGUUUCGGAGGGAGCCUUGGAUGAAUCGUACGCCCUGGUGUAGGUGUUGCCUUACUCCUCUGAGUUCUUCUUUCUGAUCAAGCCCUGCUUAAAGUUAAAUAAAAAAGAAUGAAUGACA